AUGUCUUCCUCAAAAUCAAAAGAUAAAUAUGUUAAGAAUAAAUCUUUAUACACCCUCCCGCUUCCAAUACCACUUUCUCCCACCACUUCAUCAAUAUUUUCUUCGAUACUCUCAUUCUUCUCCAAUUACCUAACUUCAACCAAUUCCGCACAAAAUCCUUUACAAAGCUCCAGCGGAAAUAGAAAACCUCGAGGUACUUUUGAUCCACUCUCGAACAGUGUGAUUGUUAGUGGUGAAGAGGAUAUCGAAAAGCUAUGGAAGCAAGGAUUCUUCGGUAAAGGAAAUCUGUCAAGAAGCGAACCCACUUGGUGUGGGAGAGGAAAAGACGAUAAAAAUGCCAAGAUCACGAACGAUCUUGUUGCUGAUGAUGCGACUACCAAGGAUAGUAAGGCUGAUAAAAUUUCACCUGAUAUCGAAGGUACAUCUCACGUUACAGGUGAUAAGGAUGUGAAGAUACUGGCAGAAAUUGUGGAUAUAGAUGAAAAAAGUAAGAUAGAUCACGAAGAUUUAUGUGAAAUGGAAUAUUAUAAGGGCAAAAGAUCUUCCAGUAAUGAUGUUAAUGACAAAAACGAUAAUGAAGACGGUCAAGUUAAAGAACAUUUGCAGCUUACCACCGAAGAAGCAUUUUUUUUGUGCUUCGGAAUUGGUAGUUUGGAUAUUUAUGAUGUCAACAAAGUAAUAGUUAGCAACUAUCGAUUACACUUAUCACCGUCAUUAAAGAUAUCGAAACGACAAAAUUUGAUGACCAUUCAAGAAUGUUGGAAUAAAUUCCGAAUUGCAUCCAUCGCUCAUCACUCGACAAUAAAAGAUAAACAACCUUCGUCGAGCGUCCAAUUCGAUGAUCCAUUACUCACAGUAAACAAUCAAUUUGAUAACCCAUUCGUGAUAAGAUACGUGGCCUUUCAUUAUUUUCGCAGCUUGGGAUGGGUCGUUGGACGUGGAAAUAAGUUUGGCACCGAUUUCGUGCUGUACGAAAAAGGACCUGUAUUUAAACAUGCCGAAUACGGUGUGGUAAUAUUGCCAUGUCAUAACAUUCGAAACGACGAUAGCAAUGAUCUAUACUUUCGGAAAAAUGUAACUUCUUCGUGGCAAUCGAUGAUGAACUUGACUAGAGUGUGCGGGCAAGUUAAAAAGUCCUUGGUAUUUUGUCAUGUAAUAAUUCCAGUAUCGCGAACUUACGAAACUAGUUCAAAUGAUCGAAGUAAUAAAAUUAUUAGUAGCUUCGACCUUAGUUUUGGCAGCGCUUUUGGUGGUAAGAGCAUGGAGGGCUCCUUAAAAUGUCUAUUAGAGGAUCCGUUAGAAUGUUUGCGAAAUUACAAAAUCAGAGAGGUGCAAUUGGAAAUGUCUAACUCAAUUGUUGUUCUCGCUCCGGUAAGUGAAUCCCAGUCACAGAUUCUCACCAAGGAAGCUCUCGAAUUCCUUGCAAAGCUUCAGAGAGCUUUUAACCCUAUCAGGAAGGCGUUACUUCAACGUCGUGUUCUUCGACAACAAGAACUAGACCGUGGCGUUCUUCCUGACUUUUUACUGGAAACCGCUCACAUUAGGGAGGACGACUCCUGGCGCGGUGCCUAUCCUGCUCCUGGUCUGGUUGACAGGCGUGUUGAGAUAACUGGGCCUGUAGACAGAAAAAUGGUUAUCAAUGCCCUAAAUAGUGGCGCCUACACCUACAUGGCCGAUUUUGAGGAUUCCAAUGCUCCCACAUGGAACAACAAUGUUGACGGACAAGUGAAUUUACGUGAUGCCGUGCGUGGAACCAUUACGUACACCAAUCCAGGGAAUAAAAAGCAGUAUGCUUUACGAAAGGAUGGGAAACUUGCUACAUUGAUCGUUCGUCCUCGAGGAUGGCAUCUGGAAGAAAAGCAUGUAUUGAUUGAUGGGGUUCCUGCUUCUGCUUCCAUUUUUGAUUUUGCUUUGUACUUCUUCCACAAUGCCAAGAAAUUGAUCGAGAAAGGUAGUGGUCCAUAUUUCUACUUGCCCAAGAUGGAAUCUCACUUGGAAGCACGACUGUGGAAUGACAUAUUUAAUGUUGCCCAAGAUCUGCUGGGGAUCCCUCGUGGUACGAUCCGCGCCACCGUCUUGAUUGAGACUAUUCUAGCUGCGUUUGAAAUGGACGAGAUUAUUUAUGAACUUCGUGAACAUUCUGCUGGUCUCAAUUGUGGACGAUGGGAUUAUAUAUUCUCUGUGAUCAAGAAAUUCCGCAAGAACCCGGAUUUCGUACUUCCCGAUCGUUCGGAUGUUACCAUGACCACGCCCUUCAUGGACGCUUAUGUGCGUUUGCUCAUCAAAACUUGCCAUCGUCGUGGAGUUCACGCCAUGGGUGGUAUGGCGGCUCAAAUCCCUAUAAAAAAUGAUCCUAAGGCUAACGAAGCAGCUAUUGAGAAAGUUCGCCUCGAUAAGUUGCGCGAAGUUAAGGCCGGCCAUGACGGAACCUGGGUUGCCCACCCUGAUCUAGUGAAAGUUGCUCUAGAUAUUUUCAACGAGAAUUUAAAAACUCCAAAUCAAAUCUAUGUUCGACGCGAAGAAGUUAAUGUCACUGCAUUGGAUCUACUUAAUACCAACAUUUCCGGUUCCAUCACCGAAAAAGGUAUUCGUGGUAACAUUUCGGUGGGCUUGACCUAUAUUGAAUCGUGGCUCCGAGGAUUAGGAUGUGUGCCGAUUCAUAAUCUCAUGGAAGAUGCCGCCACUGCCGAAAUUUCACGAUCUCAAUUAUGGCAGUGGGCGAAACACGGCGUUCGAACUUCUGAAGGAAAAAAGGUUACACCUGAAUAUCUUCUUAAAUUGCUUGAUGAAGAAUUGGUGAAAGUUGAGAAACAAUUGGGCCCUCAGAAUUUCAGUUCAAGCAAGUAUGUAUUGGCUAAACGAUACAUGGCAAAUCAAAUCACCGGAAAAGAAUAUGCUGAAUUUAUUACCACGUUAUUGUACGAUGAGAUUACAACUAUUCAGAACAAAGCUAAACUCUAG